GGCUUAUCCCCGGCCGCCCCCCCGCCCCUUGGCCCCGCCUCCAAACAGCUGCCCUUGCUGGGUCUGUGCUGUUCAUGACGCAUUGGUCCGCUUCCAGAGAAGCGGAGGAAAACCUACGGGCGCUGUUGUUGUAACUCUGCGGCUGUCAGGCGAUACCGCUUGCAGACAUGGCCUCGGAGACGGUGGAUGAGCGGUCUCCCUUGCUGUCAUUGCCAGACUCCGGUAAUGUCACACCUACAGCGCCGCCGUAUCUGCAGGACGCCAGCCCGAGAGCAGAACUGCCUCCUCCUUACACUGCCAUAGCCAGCCCAGAUGCCAGUGGUGUGCCCGUCAUUAACUGCAGGGUGUGCCAGUCUCUCAUCAACUUGGAUGGCAAGCUGCAUCAGCACGUGGUGAAAUGCACCGUUUGCAAUGAAGCCACGCCUAUCAAAAACCCUCCAGCAGGAAAGAAGUAUGUAAGAUGUCCAUGCAACUGUCUUCUAAUCUGUAAAGAUACGUCUCGGAGGAUAGGAUGUCCCAGGCCCAACUGCAGACGAAUAAUCAAUCUCAGCCCAGUGAUGGUGAUUCCAGAGGAGCAGCCCGCGCAGCCUGCUCUGCCAGUCCAGCCCGAAGGCAUGCGCGUAUUGUGCGGACACUGUGGCAAUACAUUCCUAUGGAUGGAGCUCCGAUUCAACACAUUGGCAAAAUGCCCACACUGCAAAAAAAUAUCUUCUGUCGGUAGUGCUCUUCCACGAAGGCGUUGCUGUGCAUACGUCACUAUCGGCAUGAUGUGCAUCUUCAUCGGUGUCGGAUUAACUGUUGGUACCCAAGACUUCGCUAGACGUUAUCAUGCCACCUAUGUAUCCUGGGCUUUUGCCUACCUCCUGGGUUUAAUCUGCCUGGUCCGGGCUUGUUACUGGGGAGCUGUUAAAGUCAGCUAUCCGGAGAACAGUUUUGCAUAGACUUGUCUUUAACAUGCAGUUUUUCUUUGACCUUUUUUCUCUCUUGUGGAUUCAGUUUGGCAGAGUUGGAUGCUAGACGGUGGACAUUUUACACGUUUUAAGUACUGCGUUUUGUUACCAACUAGACCAAAAGAAGUAACCUUUUAAGAACAAUUGCCCAUUGCACUACAUUUUUAUGCAAUUAUUAUUUUCUUUUGCUGCUAGAUUGCCCAGCUCGAAAGACAUCAGCUGAGUUCUAAUGUGUCAGAAACAGCCUGUAUGUUGUUUUUUUUUUAGAAUAACCUGAACUGCAAGGACUUUUAUUGUGUUACAUCCAUUGUGUCAUUAAUAACAGAUUCAUAAAUAUACUUUAUAGGUCUUAGCCUUUCAGAAACAGUAACUUGUACUGUAUGUUCUUGAACCUUAAAAUUAACUUCAUCCUGUACCGCUUGCAUUCAGUUUAAGCAAUAAACCUUAUUUUAGGUCAUUCUGGUCAUCAGCUCUACACAUGUAAUGUAUUUCAACACUUCAACUGCCUUCUAACAGGUUGGUAAAGAUUCUUUUUACCACAGAUGUUAGAAAUCGCAUAUGCAUGGUUUUCUGCACCAGUGUUUGAGUUGCCUAUGUCAGAAAAGGAACAGUUAGAGUAUUUAGAAUCCUCUCUAUGUAAUUCCCUGUAAUGUAUUGUGAAACUUCUUCCUGCUUACAGCUUGUUUCUUGGAUCUAUAACAAUUCAGUAGCAUCUACAAUAGUUCAGAAUUCUGUUGACAAAAUGGGCACAAUAAAUAUCUUGUUCUGAAUGUGGAAAAAACUUUGUACAUUGAAAAAACACUAAAAGCAGUAGUUCACGUUGAAAUAUGCCUUGUGUCUUUUUAAAAAGGAUAAUAAUUUAUCAAUAAAACUAUAAAACGUUUCUUUAUGUUUCACAGAUUUUCUUCCUUCUUUUUUGAUGUGCUCUGUAAUAAAGACCAGUUUACUACAGCAGCUCUGUUAUCAACAGUUCUAAAUUCCUAGCUUAUGAACUCGCCAAACUUUGUCAUGGUGCAUCAUCUUUAUUGAAUGUUUAAACUUGUUUAGUCUGUUUACUACUUGGAUUUAUUAGAAAUUAGCAGGUAAAUUCCAUUGGAACAACAUCUGGGGAUGUUCUAAGGGAACCAUAUAGAAGCAUUACGUUUUAAAAUUAUAUUUUAAUUCUGAAUUGACUGAAUUCUGAAUUGACUGAAUUCUGUAUCUCUUGAGGACGUCUGAAUAUAUACAGUAUACAGACAUUUCUGGCCAUUUUUUUCCAUGUCAGAUUUCUCUAAAUCUCCUUUAAUUUGGUUGGCCAUUGUUUCCAUCUCUCAUGAAUCCCUAAUCCUUUUGAUUACCUGUAAAAUAUCUGCCUGAAUCACAGAAAAGAGCACCUUAAAACAGGUGUAAUACAGUAUGGUCUUAUGGUCUUUAUUAAAAUAACUAGAGUUGAGAGUAACUUUUUUUAAGGAAGUUAGAGCAGGAUGGCGAGAUGAUCUGUGUUGGAGUUGGAGUGAAAGGAAGAUUGAUGAGUACAAGAUGCCAACUUGCAUAAAUGUGUUUGUACAACUUCUGGGCAUUUUUUCAUUCUGUCUUAAUGUAUUUACUUGCAUCUUGCAAUAUUUACUGUGUCACUAACAUAACAUGUAGCAGUGUUCUAAACCUUUUCAGUAUUGAAGUGAGGCUGACUUGAGCUUUUAGAUUUCGUAUUUGGUAAAUGAGAAAGAAGAACAUCUGGCGAAGUCUCUAGUUGAAAUUUGAAGUGCUGCUCACCUUCUGUUUAUUGUAUUUCUUCCAAUCAUUAUGUCCAGUCUGAAAAAAUGACUUUUAGAAUUCUCUUCAAUUCUUCUUCUACUGUGUUUUCAGCUGACAAAUCUGUCAUGUUUACUAGCCAAGUAUGAAAGUCAAAAUCAGAUGUAACUUUUUUCAAUCAAUAAAAGCAAAGAAGUGAUCUUAAACACUUA